AUUGCCACCCGGAGUCUCGCUAGGGCUGUCGACCCCUCACUUCCACCGUUCAUAUGCGCUUCAUUGUUGCCAGAGAUAGUGGCUAUGUACACCUUUUUUCUGAUGGCAGUCUGGUGACACUUUUGUGCAUAAUAAUGACGACAAUGAGCGGUCGAUAAGGGUGGCGGCAACCCUGGGUAGCGAUUGUGGCUCAGCAAUGGUGGCGUGGUAGCGUAGCUGAGCCAGUGGAGGAAAGAAGGGGUUGUGAGGAGGAAAGAGGAAGAUAAAGAAAAAAGAAAGAAAGAAAAAAGGAAAAUGGAUAGUGUAUUCGAAGAUCUUGAUGAAGCAGGAGUGGAUAAUCUGGACGGGGACGAUGAGCCUACACCGCAGAGCAACGACGUCGACGUGGAGGCAGAAACAAAAGAUGACAUAGUUUAUGGAACGUGUAAACAUUGUGGGUCCGUCAUAAAAAUGGGAGUUUCCGGCGGUUAUGGCGGUCCGGAAAAACACCUAAGGUCGAGGCAUCCCGUGGAGUACGCCAAAUACGAGGCAAAAAAGAAGGGACGACAAGAAGUGCAAACCCAAUUUUCUCGGUUUGCUAACAGAGGAAUAUCAAGGGUUAUACGACACUGUACAAGAAGAAACAACACCACCUCCGCCCCCGAAAUCAAAAAAGGUUUUGCCGGAAUAGUCGUUGGUCUUCUUGCAAAGAAAGGGAAGCGUGCUCAUUCUUCGACGAGUUCAAGUGGUACAACAGUAAGCUCGCACAAUGAACUUGCUAUGUACCAGGGUGUGCCAUGCGAUUACGACGACGACGACGUGGAUUUUGACGUGCUCGGAUGGUGGAAGCGGAACGAACACAUGUUCCCAUGUCUCGGCAUGCUAGCAAAGACAAGUGUUAUCCGUUCCGGUAUCAAUCGUAGCAGUUGAACAAGAAUUCAGUGCUAGCGGCAACAUUCUAACCAACUUUCGAAGUUGUCUUAGCGCUGAAUUUCUUGAAACACUGGUUUGCAACCAAGAUUGGCUCUUGGCAAGACGUCGAGCUCAAGAGUCAUGGUACCAACUCGAUUCGGAGCAUUACAUGAAUGCAACAAUAGAUGGAAGUCCGAAAUCUGAAUAAUAAGUUAUAAUUUUU